ACGACCAGAGUUUUCCUUCUCGAUGGGCUUCCUUCCCCGAUUGAUGAGCCCCAUCUGCCCUUCACUUUCCUCUGCAGAAUGGGCAGGAUCUGCCUUCUUGACUGUGGGAUUCACUGUUGUUCUCAUCCUCUCCAUCCACCAGGGCCUGCCUUCACCUGCAGCAGAAUUCCCUAAUAAACCAAGGAUUUGAGACCCAUUAGCUAUCAUCACCUGAUUUAGCCGGCCGAUUGAAGCCGUUCCUGGGAUUGUGGCCCCUGUUGCAUGCUGACAGCUUCUGGAAGCCACAGUUCUCUUCCUUGAAACCAAAACAGGAUUCCCUUUCCUCCCACUCUGAAGAAGGAGAUGGAGAAGGCAGUCAAAGCUCCAGGGAAUGGGUCACCUUUCCCCCAUUAGGAAUAGAAAUUAAAAUGUGUGAAAUGUGGACUAUGUUCAUUGAAUGAGCACACAUAGUUCACAUCAACGACCUCCAACAGGGGAGAAACCAUUUAAAGGUAUGGAGUGUGGGAAACUUUUCACUGAUAGUGGAAACCUUAGAACACAUCAACGGACUCACACAGGGGAGAAACCAUUUAAAUGCCUGGAGUGCGGAAAGAGCUUCAGUCAGAAUGGAGACCUUAGAAGACAUCAAUGGACUCACACAGGGGAGAAACCAUUUAAAUGCCUGGAGUGCGGAAAGAGCUUCAAUCAGAAUGGAGACCUUAAAUUACACCAGCGGACUCACACAGGGGAGAAACCAUAUAAAUGCCUGGAGUGCGGAAAGAGCUUUACUGGUAAUGGAAACCUUAGAACACAUCAACAGACUCACACAGGGGAGAAACCAUUUAAAUGUAUAGAGUGCGGAAAGGGCUUUAGUCAUAAUGGACACCUUAGAAGACAUCAACGGACUCACACAGGGGAGAAACCAUUUAAAUGCCUGGAGUGCGGAAAGAGCUUCAGUCAGAAUGGAGACCUUAAAUUACACCAGCGGAUUCACACAGGGGAGAAACCAUAUAAAUGUAUAGAGUGCGGAAAGAGCUUUAGUGAUAAUGGAAGCCUUAGAACACAUCAACGGACUCACACAGGGGAGAAACCAUUUAAAUGCCUGGAGUGCGGAAAGAGCUUCAGUCGGAAUGGACACCUUAGAAAACAUCAACGGACUCACACAGGGGAGAAACCAUAUAAAUGUAUGGAGUGUGGAAAAAGCUUUAGUGAUAAUGGAAGCCUUAGAAGACAUCAACGGACUCACACAGGGAAGAAACCAUUUAAAUGUAUAGAGUGCGGAAUGAGCUUCAGUGAUAAUGGAAACCUUAGAAGACAUCAACGGACUCACACAGGGGAGAAACCAUUUGAAUGCCUGGAGUGCGGAAAGUGCUCCAGUCAGAAUGGAGACCUUAAAUUACACCAGCGGAUUCACACAGGGGAGAAACCAUAUAAAUGUAUAGAGUGCGGAAAGAGCUUUAGUGAUAAUGGAAGCCUUAGAAGACAUCAACGGACUCACACAGGGGAGAAACCAUUUAAAUGCCUGGAGUGCGGAAAGAGCUUCAGUCAUAGUGUACACCUUAGAAAACAUCAACGGAUUCACACAGGGGAGAAACCAUAUCAAUGUAUUGAAUGUGGAAAGAGCUUCCGUCAGAGUGAUCACCUCAAUAUACAUCAACGGACUCACACAGGGGAGAAACCAUUUAAAUGCCUGGAGUGUGGAAAGAGCUUUAGUGAAAAUGCAACCCUUAGAAUACAUCAACGGACUCACACAGGGGAGAAACCAUAUCAAUGUAUGGAGUGUGGAAAGAGCUUCAGUUUCAAUGCAACCCUUAGAACACAUCAACGGAUUCACACAGGGGAGAAACCAUAUCAAUGUAUUGAGUGUGGAAAGAGUUUCAGUCAGAGUGGUCACCUCAAUAUACAUCAACGGACUCACACAGGGGAGAAACCAUUUAAAUGCCUGGAGUGCGGAAAGAGCUUUAGUGAAAAUGGAAACCUUAGAACACAUCAGCGGACUCACACAGGGGAGAAACCAUAUCAAUGUAUGGAGUGUGGAAAGAGCUUCAAUUUCAAUGCAACCCUUAGAAUACAUCAACGGACUCACACAGGGGAGAAACCAUAUCAAUGUAUGGAGUGUGGAAAGAGCUUCAGUUUCAAUGCAACCCUUAGAACACAUCAACGGAUUCACACAGGGGAGAAACCAUAUCAAUGUAUUGAGUGUGGAAAGAGUUUCAGUCAGAGUGGUCACCUCAAUAUACAUCAACGGACUCACACAGCGGAGAAACCAUUUAAAUGCCUGGAGUGCGGAAAGAGCUUUAGUGAAAAUGGAAACCUUAGAACACAUCAGCGGACUCACACAGGGGAGAAACCAUAUCAAUGUAUGGAGUGUGGAAAGAGCUUCAAUUUCAAUGCAACCCUUAGAAUACAUCAACGGACUCAUACAGGGGAGAAACCAUUUAAAUGUAUGGAAUGUGGAAAGAGCUUUAGUGAUAGUGGAACCCGUAGAAAACAUCAACAGACUCACACAGGGGAGAAACCAUUUAAAUGUAUGAAGUGUGGAAAGAGCUUCAGUCAGAAUGGAGACCUUAAAGUACACCAGCGGAUUCACACAGGGGAGAAACCAUAUCAAUGUAUGGAGUGUGGAAAGAGCUUCGGUUUCAAUGCAACCCUUAGAAGACAUCAACGGACUCACACAGCGGAGAAACCAUUUAAAUGCAUGGAGUGCGGAAAGAGCUUCGGUUUCAAUGCAACCCUUAGAAGACAUCAACGGACUCACACAUCGGAGAAACCAUUUAAAUGUAUGGAGUGCGGAAAGAGCUUCAGUUGGAAUGAAGAACUUAAAUUACACCAGCGGAUUCACACAGGGGAGAAACCAUAUAAAUGUAUGGAGUGUGGAAAGGACUUCAGUCAGAAUGGACACCUUAGAUCCCAUCAACGGACUCACACUGGGGAGAAACCAUUUAAAUGCAUGGAGUGCGGAAAGAGCUUCAGGCAGAAUGGACACCUUAGAAAACAUCAGCAAACACACAGGGGAGAAAUUGUUUAAAUGUAUAGCAUAUGGUAGGAGCUGCAGUCAACGUGGAACGCUUGAUUUAUGUCAACAAAUUCACACAAAAAAUAAGCCUUAUAAAUAUAAGGAAAGUUGAUAGAGUUUCAAUCCUAGUGGAAGUCCUACAUCAACAGACUCAUGGACAGGAAGAACUUUAGGAGUGAAACCCUACAAACCAUCAACAAACUCAAAGAGGAGAAGCAGUUUAAAUGAAAAGAUUGCAAAAAGUGCUUUAUUUACAAUGUAGUGUUUAAGGAACAUCCAGGGACUCUCACAUGGAAGAACCCAUUUAGAUGUAUGGAGUGUGGGAUGUUUUCCUUUCAGUGUCCACUCUUUCUUCACAGCAAUGAACUCAGCAGGAAAUCAGUCUUAAACACACAACGUGAAUUUGAAUUUCUUGUGUUUAUAUGUAAAACUGAACAGCAAUGAAAUAUUGAAGGCAAUGUCAAACAAUGUGAGUAUAAUCUAAGAGGUAAAGUACCUUUUGAUAGAGAGGAUGAAUCUGGUUUGCUGGUGGUGAGUGAGGAUU